AUGAAACCAAAAUUAUUAUUAGCACAGGAAAAAUUUUGUAAAAUUCGUACGAAAAUAGUUAAUCAACUUGAACUUGUUAAAAAUCUAUCUCGAACGAAACGUAACGAAUGUGAAAAUAUAUUAGAUUUAAGGAGACAAUUGCAAAGAGCAGAAGAAUUUUCAAUUAGAUUUUCCCGUAAUAAUUUAUACGAAACUAAAAGAAUAAUUAAAGAAAUAGAAAAAAUUCUCACUUCAUCUUUUGAUAAUAUUCAACCACAAGAAAGUAAAUCCCUGAGCAAAAAAAUUAUUUUAGGUUAUCAAGCAGCUUCACAAUCAUUACAAACAUAUGCUAAUUACAUAAAAAAUCCUAAUUGUUUUCCUCUUGCAAAUCAAUAUUUUCAUCUUCAGAAGAAAUAA